AUGCAGGCCACCGCGCACCCCCUGUGCGGCGCGCGCUGCCAGCUCCGGGCGCGUGCGGCGGGCAGCACUGCCCCGGCCGCUCUGCGCGUCGGAGACGCACGGGUCACCGCGCGCGGACGUCCGGCGCGCCUCCCGCUCCCUUUGGCGCCGUUCUCGCCCGCGCAGCUCCCCACCGCCGCGCCCACGGUGCGUCGCGCGCCGCUGUGCCGGGCGGCCAACGGCGACGCGGGCCCGAACGACACGGGCCUGCUCGCGACGGUCGGCGUGCUCGCCAUGUGGGGCGUCCUGGGCUGGUACGUGUUCAACGUCGCGCCGAACCUGACCCCCCUGCGCGACAGCUACUUCAUCGAGAAGCUCGUCGGGAUCGCGGGGGACGACGGCGUGACGCUGUGCCCCGUGUACACCGGCAUCUUCAACAUCAUGGGCAUCUGGCCGGCCAUCUACGCCAGCCUCCUCGUGCCGUCGGGUCGCUCCUCGAACAACGUGCCCGCGUGGCCCUUCAUCACCCUCUCGUUCGGCCUCGGGAUGUUUGCGCUGAUGCCGUACUUCGCGUUCUGGCGGCCACAGCCGCCGGGGGCGCAGGAGCUCGGCCCGCCGUCGAAGGAGAGCCUGACGCUGGGCCAGAAGGCCCUCGAGUCCCCCAUCACGCCCUGGGUGCUGACCGCGGGCGCCGUGGCGUGCUGCGGCAUCAUCGCGUCGUCGACGGGGAAGCAGUGGAUCGAGUUCAGCCACCUGAUCGACGAGAGCCGCCUCGUGCACGUCACCACGCUCGACUUCUGCCUGUGCACGCUGCUGGCCCCCUACUGGAUGGGCAUCGACGCCGACGCGCGGCAGUGGGACAAGCGGGACUCCCUGCUCCCCGUCCUGACCUUCAUCCCGCUCUUCGGGCCCCUCGCGUACCUCAUCAUGAGGCCCAAGGCCGGCGACGCCACGGAGGCGUAG